AUGGCCUUGCCCUUUUGGGGCAUUUUCUGCUUUUCAGAGCCUCCUCAUGUCCAGGAUCUCAUUGUAAUUGUUGCUGUAGGCCUGAUCUUGGUGGUGCUGGUGCUGUGGGUACUGGUGCUGGUGCUGCAGAUGCUGGUGGUACUGGAGCUGCUGAUAAUUUUUCAUUUCCCCUUCUUAGAUCCUUCUUGGGCCUCAGUAAAUAGGGGGAUUUUAAUAUGCGAUGAGUGCUGCAGUGUACAUCGGAGCCUGGGACGUCACAUCUCUCAAGUGAGGCAUCUGAAGCACACGCCAUGGCCACCCACACUGCUUCAGAUGGUUGAAACUCUGUAUAAUAAUGGUGCUAAUUCUAUCUGGGAACAUUCUUUGCUGGACCCUGCUUCCAUUAUGAGUGGGAGGCGUAAAGCUAAUCCACAGGAUAAAGUACAUCCCAAUAAAGCAGAAUUCAUCAGGGCCAAGUAUCAGAUGCUAGCUUUUGUUCAUCGCUUGCCUUGCCGUGAUGAUGAUAGUGUUACUGCCAAAGACCUUAGUAAGCAACUCCAUUCGAGUGUGAGGACGGGAAAUCUGGAGACGUGUUUAAGGCUACUGUCUUUAGGAGCUCAAGCCAACUUCUUUCACCCUGAGAAAGGAAACACCCCGCUCCACGUUGCUGCCAAAGCAGGGCAGAUUUUGCAGGCUGAGUUGUUGGCAGUGUAUGGGGCCGAUCCGGGCACACAGGACUCGAGUGGGAAAACCCCCAUUGAUUAUGCAAGACAAGGGGGGCACCGGGAGCUGGCGGAGCGUCUGGUCGAGGUACAAUACGAGCUCACGGACAGACUCGCCUUCUACCUGUGUGGCAGGAGGCCAGAUCACCAAAAUGGACAGCACUUUAUUAUACCUCAGAUGGCAGACAGCAGCCUGGAUUUGUCUGAAUUAGCAAAAGCUGCUAAGAAGAAACUUCAAUCUCUAAGUAACCACUUGUUUGAAGAACUCGCCAUGGACGUGUAUGACGAAGUUGACAGACGAGAAACUGAUGCAGUGUGGCUCGCAACUCAGAACCAUAGCACUUUGGUAACUGAAACAACAGCUGUCCCCUUCCUUCCAGUGAAUCCAGAGUAUUCCUCAACAAGAAACCAGGGGAGACAGAAGUUAGCCCGGUUUAACGCUCAUGAGUUUGCUACGCUGGUCAUAGACAUUCUGAGCGACGCCAAGAGGAGGCAGCAGGGGAACUCCAGCUCCGGUUCCAAAGAUAAUGUGGAGCUCAUUCUGAAAGCCAUUGGCAGCCAGCCUAGCUUGGAGAGCCAAGAUAACGACCAGCCGGACUACGACAGCGUCGCGUCCGAUGAAGAUCCAGAUUUGGAAACAUUGCCCAGCAAAGCCAGCAGGCAGAAGAGCCUGGAUUCUGACUUGUCAGACGGACCAGUCCCUAUCCAAGAAUUCAUGGACGUCAAAAAUGCUCUGGUGGCUUCUGAGGCAAAGAUCCAGCAGCUCAUGAAGGUGAAUAACAGCCUGAGUGACGAGCUGAGGGUGAUGCAGAAAAAGCUUCUGACCCUCCAGAGCGAGAACUCGACCCUCAGGAGGCAGGCCACCACCCACCUCUGUCAGGGGCCGCCUGGCUCUGAGUACCCAGACCCCUCCAGCCCUUCCUCCUUAAAGCGGCGUCCAUCUGCCCGGGGCAGUAGACCCAUGUCCAUGUACGAGACCGGAUCCGGUCAGAAACCCUACCUCCCCCUGGGGGACGUCGCCUACCCAGAAGAGAGCGUGGCCAGACUGCAGCCUUUCCCCCCACACAUCGGGAGGAGUGCGUUUGUGACCUCCUCUUCAUCUCUGCCUUCCUUCCCCUCCACACUUUCCUGGUCAAGGGAUGAAAGCGCCCGAAGGGCUUCUAAGUUAGAGAAGCAGAACAGCGUGCCAGAAAGCGACUAUGACAACACCACGCCAGACUCAGAGCUGGACGACACAGGGUUGAGCAGAAAGGCGAGGCAGCGGAGUGCCAUCUGGCCAGGGGACGGAGCCAUCCCCGAGGUGGGAGAGCUCCACAGUGGGUCAAGUCCCAUCCUUCCCAGCACCGAAGACGUCAUUCGGAAAACUGAGCAGAUCACCAAGAACAUCCAGGAGCUCCUGCGCGCAGCCCAAGAGAACAAGCACGACAGCUAUAUUCCAUGCUCGGAGAGGAUACAUGUGGCUGUGACUGAGAUGGCAGCCCUCUUCCCCAAAAAACCCAAAUCUGAUAUGGUGAGGACUUCGCUGCGUCUCCUGACAUCCAGUGCCUACCGACUCCAGUCAGAGUGCAAGAAAACGCUGCCGGGGGAGUCCAGUUGUGCCGCAGACAUCCAGCUGGUCACGCAGCAGGUCAUUCAGUGCGCGUACGACAUCGCCAAGGCCGCUAAGCAGCUGGUGACCAUCACCACCAAAGAGAACAACCACUGAGGCGCCUCUUCUGUUUUCUAGUCUUUGUAAGAUCCGAUUUCACAUUUAGACAUGGAACUUUACAGAUUUUUACAAAAAAAAAAUUUAGUGGCAGAGUAAACUUUUUAAAAUAAAACUCAGUAUUAUUUUUGCAUGUUUUCUAACAAACUUUCCACUAUUAAUUUAACCCACUUGCCUUAUUUUGUGCCUGUUUUGCCAGUUUUGUUACUGAUUCUAGUAUGUCAUAAGCAACUCUUGGGUUGAUUUGUCCAUUACAUGCAAAAAAAAUCUCGACGUUUGUCAUCUCCAGCAACUUCCUGUCGUCUCUGGUUAUGUGAAAAGAGCUUUAGGAAAAAUGUCCUCAAGACAAUUGGAUUCAACCUGUACAGUCUCUGUCCCGUGUAUAAGCGCUGUGCAAUUAGUAGAGUUUCACCAGGUUCCUGUACUUCCUGGGAAAUUUGGGGUAUCCGAGCCCAGGCAGGAAAAGGGUCUGUCCCCUCGCUGGUCGCCUGCCUCGGGAGCAAGCAGGGGGGCCCGUCGCUCAUCUCCAGGCUGGUCCUUCUCUCCCAGCUCUUCCUGUCACUGAUGCCUCCUUGCCAACAAGGCACCAAGACCCUUCCCAACUAUUCGGUUCUGUUGGACCAGGAUCUCCAGCCAGAGGGUGGAUGUUCAGUUAAGGCCUUUCGCCCUAGGAUUACAGACAAGUUUUUUUUUAUGAGAACUGACUGCAGAGAAGGACAUGGGUUAAGUAAGCCCAGACUGGUUCUACAGAGCCCCUCGGACAUGGCUGCUGUUGACUGAGGUCAGAAGUCCAGAACAGCCCCCGUCUCCCUGCCGCAGCGCUCUCUGUGUUCCUGACAAGUAGCCAUCACUUGUUAAAAUCUCCUCAGCCGAAUGUGUUCCUCAACUGCCAAAUGUCCUAAAGCUGUGACAUUCUGGGCUAGGACUUUAUUCAGAGAAAGAGGGUUCCUUCACCCAGAUUGUCAAGGUCUGUAUGGGUGUGGGGCAGGUAACGCAGGGCCUGUGGGGUCCGGGUCAUUGAGUGGCCAUGCCUGCGGACCCCAGUCUGCUCCAGACCCCCCCCAAAAAAUAGGUUGUCAUUGCUGUUUGUUAGGAGAGCAUUGGGACGCUCUCUUUUUAAGAGUGACGUCUGUGUUAGCCUGCUUGCCAUUUUGCAGAUGGACCCAUUGGAACCAUCGUCGUAGCAUGGUCUGCUGCUCCAGAUUUGUCUAAGCUUGUCCGCGUGCUAAAUGGGGUUCUCUUUUCACAAAGUGUUUGAUGCAGAAAUGUGUUAGUAGCUUUGAUCAUAACUGUCAUGGGAGCAGCUCUGUGGUAGCAUUUCCAGUGCAUCGCAGGUUAGGUUUCCCCCAGAUUUGUUCUUAAAGAUAAAGGGUGUGCGCGCGCGCAUGCGCGCGUGUGUGUGUGUGUGUGUGUGUGUGUGUCUAUGUGUCUAUGUCUUAGUCUCUGCGCAUGUCUGUGUUUCUCUGUAUCUGUGUGUCCUGUUUGUGUCUCUCUAUGUAUCUGUGUGUCUAUCUCUGUCUCUGCGUAUGUCUGUCUGUCUAUCUCUGUGUGUAUGUCCGUGUGUGUCUGUCUUUGCCUCUCUAUGUGCAUCUGCAUCUGUAUGUCUGGGUGUGUGUUGGGGGAAGGACUCCCUGCUGGUCACUCUCGUCCCCUUGUUUGCAUUGCCACCAAGUGCCAUAAUCUUGUUGGAUGCUCACGUGGAGCUGUCCCUGUCCCUGCCUUAGCUGGGGGCAGCUGGGGGCAGGGGGUCACCCGGUCUUUUUUCCUGCUUGGGACCUCUCUGUGCCCGGUGUCCUCUUACCCUCCUUUGUAAAUAGUGGCUCCUCCGGUCUGGGUUAGCCCCCGUCCUCGCCAUGCCAGUCCUAUGGAAGCACAGAUGACGGUUCUGAAUUGGUGCCAUUGACGAAUCGAUCAAUAGAAGUCAGAGUGUCUCUAGGACCUGGAAGCUGUUUUCACACCCUGAUGAGCAUGAAGUAGUCACGCUGCAAGUCAGUAGUAGUAGCCCAAGAUACUGCAAUGCCUUGCGACAACAGAAGAAGCAAAAGCAUUGAGAGGCAGGAUGCGCAGCGUGAGCGCUUUCCCUCUGCCCAGGCAGUGCCAAAAGCACGGAGAGCUCCAUGACGAGCGCAACUUGCAGGGGUGGGAACGAUUGCCUGCAGUCCAGUCUCCCACACCCCAUUGCAGAGGCCUCCUGACCCGGGGCCAAGGGCACAUCGUCCAGGAGGCCGUUUGGCCCUUUUGCACAUGGGUUAGGGUCUGAGGGCAGCGAGGAGCCCUCCUGGUGAUAUCUUCUGAAAGCCUGCACUGCUCCCCUCCCGAGAAGCUGAGCAGACAGAGUGCACUUUAGGAAUGGGGGCACUUUAGGAGCAGAUGUCACUGAGGCCUUUUUUUCCCUUGAGGCCCCUUAGCUGAAGAUCCCCUCCUGCCAGUGGAGUGCAAAUCGUUCAUACCUGCCAAAAGGGGGAUGAUGGGGCCCUCAGAGGCCCAGCUCAGGAUCUGGGGUACGAUCGCUGAUAGGACUUCAAUUGCAGGAACUUGGAGGAAACCCUUUAUUCUUUCUGUGGGUGCAUCAGUGAGCUUCCAGCAAGUUCAUCUCAUGUUUCUUUCCUUGUCCUGGGUGAAGUGAAAUCCUUUUCUUUUCAAAAAUGCUGCAUAGGAAAAACAAAAAAUGCCUUUUUUUCGAAAAAUGUAUUUAUCGGUGUCACUCAUCAUUCUGUACUUAUGAUUUUGCUUUUGUUGUACAUUCUAUUAUUGUAAUUAUUGUACAACCUUCUAAGUGUUGUAAAAUUGUUUUGCGUUACGUGCCUGCUAGUUAUGCAAUAAACAGGCUUUACAAAUGUU